AUGAAGCGCAAGUUUUCGCUCAACCUCGCGCCCAUUAAGGUGCCCACCAGGCAGGAAACCAGGGCACUCAAGGAGUCGCUGGCCACGCGCGACAUUGCCACGCCCUCGUCGCCCUACGUCAACCGCCGCAUUCUUUCGCCCAGCCUCGAGUCCGAACUGCGCGCUGCCUGCGAGGCCGUGCUCAACGAAGAUGGCAACUCGUACGGCGCUGCCGCCGCCCUGCAGGCCCAGGAGUCGAAGCUGGAUUUCCAGGCCCUCCAGCGAUCAAUGAAGGCCAUGGAGCAGGCUCAGCAGCAGUCCGGUCACCGGCGCACCGGAAGCCACCCGCCUUCGAAUCCCUUGCCGCGCCGCGACCACCACUCCCACGAGACGACUGCUCGAUUACCCGCCAAUGCUUUCGCCUAUAAACCCGAUGCCGCCUUGCGAGACCUGUUUCCCGACCAAGGCCCGUACCCUGUGCAAGCGAACACGAGCCGUAGGAGGGAAGCCCACGGGACUGCCUACGACAAGUCCGGGCGCAGUGUGUCUGGCAGGUAUCGCGAGCAGCAGCACGAUCACACCACGGGCCGGCCGGCAGGAUACGACAGGCCAAGCACUGCUCCCAUUGGCCGAGGGCUGGACUCUCCCGAUACUAACUAUUCAACGCCGAUGAGUGCUUCCACGAUGGAAAACCACCGUAAUUACGCUUCUACCGCCAUGACGUCGGCUGAGCCGUCGCGGGCAUCCAAGCGCAAUUCACACCAUAUGUUUAGCGAUGAAGAGGCGGCCUCGCGUGCUGAUGCCGCUGCCUCGUCUUGGAUGAGGCAGGAGUACGAGCGCCGCAGGGAGAGCGACGUGGAUCGUCGCCCCUCGACGAGAACGAGUAGAGCCGGGAGUGUGACUAGGAGCAUCAAAUCGGAGAUCAAAGAGUACUUCCGUCCUGGGUCGUCAGGGAUAAGCAGGACGACAUCAAGGGAAUCCCUUCGCAGCCGGAGCUCAGACGCAACAGCGGCACAGGCGCCAGCAGCACACGGAUGGCGCAGCUGGAGCUUGCAACGACGGCCAAGUGACCGGAGCCUCAACAGCCGAUCGUCCAGCGUCAGGGGCAGCGGUGACGUCAGGAACAAGGAGGGCAAGAAGGAAAUCAACCUCAACCGAGAGCUACCCCCUUUGCCAAGCCUGGACCAGUGGAAAGAGCCGGAGGAAGAGGAGGAUGCGCCCGCUCAUUUCGUACCCGUACACAAGCCGACCAGCCCGACGCACAUUGCGAAUCUGAUGCAAACGCCUCCGAAGGUUCGCCCGCGGCGAGAACACAUCGCUCAUCAGCACUCGGUGGAGAGGAGGCAGAGACGGCCUGAAGCUGCAUCCCGUAAACCUCAAGUGCAGACUCAAACGCGUCCGGGCGUUCGAACUGUCAGCUCUGAUCCCGACGUUCCUGUGCACUUUCGGCCGCGGACAGAUGAUUCGCUUGCGCGAGACCUUGCUCAAUCGCAUGAGCUCAUGUCGAUAAGCCACGGGUCUAGCAACGAGGCUAUCAACAGGAGCAGCCCGUCACUGGUCGAUAGCGGACACAGCCCGGACGAAGGCUGCGCGGGCCACAAGCCAAGCAUGAAGAUCAGCAUAGACCACUUUCACGGGGAGCCACCCAACUUCAGCAAGAAGAUGAUGGGCUCGGAUAGGCCUGGACAGCAAGGUGGGCAAGAACAACGGUACAAGUACAAGGCGGAAAUCAAGGCAAACAACACGCUGGCGAGCGGGUCCUCGGGCAACGUCAAGGGAUUGAAGAAGAUGUUCAGCCACUUCGGGCUAGGCGGCAAACGGGAGAAGAAAGAGACGUGGAUGGAUAAAUUCGAGAAGGACGGCGUUAAGGGCGGGAUUCUGAUUCAUGAUGAAGCGGCGGGCGCGCCAGUCGUCCGGUACUGA